UUAUAUAUAGAUAUGAUACACCUUAUUGACGUUUAGUAGACUUCGUGUCUAUACUGUAUAUGUCAAUAAUUUAAAAAUGUGGUACUUAAAAGUGUCGUCGAGUUUACUCAUUGCAGUGGCAUUAAUCUGUAUGAUACAGAAUGCAAUAUCGCUCACUUUAGAUCCUAAAACUAUAGGGGAUCAGUGGUCAACACUUGAAAAUUCUACAGAUCAAAUUGAUUUAAAAAAAAUUUCGAAAAUGUGUAAAAAUUCUAUGAAUAACUUCAACGAAAAAUUAGAGAAUACGAAAACUAUUGUUAACACAAGAUUACCUGAACCUAAUAAAACAACAGAAGAUAUAGUAAACUUAGUAAGUGAUGUAAAAACGCAAAUUAAAAAUUCAUCUGCAGAUCUCGUAUCUGUAAGAAAAUUAGUUCAAAAAACUGCUUUACGAUUUAGAGACACAUUCAAAUCACUUGUAUCAUUUACUGAAUUAGAUAAUGAAUCCGUAAAUAAAGAAUUAGAAAAUAUUAAGAAAACAACAGUUGAUGGUAAAAAACCAUUGGUAAAUCGUGUUAUACGAUCAUUUGGAAACCGGUAUGAUCUUAUGAAAUUGGCCAACAAGGUUCUUGAGAUAUCUUCUGAUCAUGAAAAGUUAAAAAAUAAUUAUGACGAAAAAAAAAAAAAUGCUAAAAAAGAAUUUAAUUCGUUGUGGAAUUCUUUAGCUAAUCAUUCGAAAACUAUAAAUGAUAAUGCUCUAAAGGCCUUGGAAACUUUCUUUGAAGGCAUCAAAUCUGUAAAAUUAGUGAAAAAAAAAGUUAAGACACUUGGUGAAGAUGCAAUUAAUGAAAUUAAAGUGGGGGAUGAUAUUAACAAACUUAAAAACGCAGUUGAAUUAGCUAAAGCAUUGAAAUUGAAGUUCGAAGAUGAAUGGAAUCUUGAUUCAGGUGAAUUAACUUAUAGUGAAGAACAGAAGAAAGCUACUACUAAGACAGCAGAUGAAAAUCCGGUUGAACAUGAUAAUGAACAAGAUAAAUCUAUUGAGAAUAGUUCUACUAACGAUAUCCAACCUAGUUUGCCAGCAGUUGAACAAGAAACGAUUAACAAUGAAAAAAAUGUUAUUCCAUCUACCCAGGCUGAAAUUGAAAAACCAUCUAAUGAUAACAGCCAAACAUCAGAUAAAUCUAUUUUUUCAGUUGAGGACACACAAUUGCCUACUGAGCCAAAAAAUAAAGAUGAAACUAAAAUAAUACCACCAACAGAUUUAAAAAACGAUGAUAAUACAAAUAAUAAUGUUUCUGAUAAUAUAGAUUCUUCUAUUAAAGAAACAUCAUUUAAUCCUGAUACCGCUAACAACGAGACACUUAUUACACCCACUAAAGAAUCGCUAAAUAAUAAAAAAGGUAAGACAAUAAAUAAAAAAACAAGUCGGGAAAAAACACCAAUAUUACCAUGGAGAAAACUAAUAGAAUUAGAUGACUCACAGGUUAGUCAACAAUCAGAGAAAUGUGAAAGUUUAUUGAAUAAUACAACACCAGACUUUGAUAAUAUAAAAAAAUCAGCAAAAACCCAAAUACAAGUAACUAAAAGUUACAAAAAUUUACAAAAGAUAGAAAAUGACAUAAUUCAACAAUUUUAUGAUAAAAUGGUCAGUACAAACAUACAACUGUCUGAUAAUUUAGUGAAUGCAGCAGAAGAUGUUUGUGCUAAUGUAACACCAAUAAAUAAAAGAUAUGAAACAAAAUUUAAAAAUGAUUCAAACAUUAAACGUAUAAAAUAUUUGUUAGGUAAACAGUACGAUCCUAAUCAGUAUAUUUUAAAAGUCUUAGAUGAUGCAAGUCAUAAAAAUGGGAUCGGUGGCAUGAAAAAGACUACUUAUUACAAAAUGUUAGCAGUAGCUUACAAUUUGAACCACGAAACAAAAGAAAUGGAAGACGCUGCAUUAUACGCAAUGAACAAAAUCUACGAAGGAAAAUUAGCAGCAACUAAUUUAAAAAAAAAUAUUAAUAAGGAAAAAGCAUCAAAAGCUUGUUACAUACGAAAUAUUUUACUAGAAAAAGAGAACGAGGCUGAGAAAAAGAAUAAGGAUGAAAAUAAAGAAAAAAUAAAAGAAACUAUAAGUGAUGACACCAAUACGGAACCAUUAAAACCUGAUGUCAACCUAGAUUCAGUUGAUGAAAUACAGCAAACGGAAGUACAUGAUGACAAUGAACCAAUUUUAAAUAAUGAAGAAGAAACAGUCAAUUCUGAUGAUGAAAAUGAUGCGGAGAAACUCGAAAAUUCAGAGAAUACUGAUGGCGAUGCAAACGAAGAAACUGAUGAAAAAAAUGCCUCUGACAAACCUAAAGCAAAACGACGCAGAAAACAAAUAGAUCCCAAAGACGGAAAAGAAAUAUCUGAAGAGUAUGAUACAAUGGAAGAAGACGAAAAUAAUUUGAAUAAAUCUAAUGCUAUAAAAUCAGGCGAAACUCCAGAAUCAGAGUCAACGAUUAAUGCUGAUGAUGAAAAUGAUGCGGAGAACAUCGAAAAUUCAGACAAUGUUAAUGGCGAUGCAGAUGAAACAAUGGAUGGAGGAAAUGCCUCAGACCAACCUAAAGCAAAACAUCGCAGAAAUCGUAUUGAUCCCAAAGACGGAAAGAAUAUACCUGAAGAAAAUGAGGCAUUAGCAGAAGACAACGAAAACUUGAAUGAAUCAAAUGCUAUCAAAUCAGGUGAAACUCCAGAAUCAGAGUCAACGAACAAUGCGGAUGACGAAAACGAUGCGGAGAACAUCGAAUAUUCAGAGAAUGUUAAUGGCGAUGCAGAUGAACCAAUGGAUGAAGGAAAUGCCUCAGACCAACCCAAAGCCAAACGUCACAGAAAGCGUAUAGAUCCCAAAGACGGAAAAGAAAUUUCUGAAGAGUAUGAUACAAUAGAAGAAGAAGACGAAAACAAUUUGAAUAAGGAAAAUGAGAUAAAAUCUGAUGCGAUUCCGGAAAUAGAAUCAUCCGUUAAUAGUAAUAGUGAAAAGGAAAAGGAAACAAUAGAAAAAGGAGGCAUUAGAGAAGACAUACCAUAUGACAAUGAGGAUAACCCAAAUGAUAAUUCUAAUAAAGAACCAAUUGAUGAUAAUGUAGCAAAAAAAGAAUUAAAAAACAAAUCAAAAGAAACAGAAGAGUUGGAUGAAAAUGAAGACUUAAAUAGUGUAGAAGGUGCAGAACUAAAUGGUGUAGAUAAUGAGAAUAUUAUUCCCGCAGCAGAAAGCAUGGGAGAAGAUUCAACGUCAUAUGAAACAAGUUCUGAAGAACCUAAUUCAAAUAAAAACCACCAAAAUAACGAUAAUCCUAUAAAGGAAAGAAAUAAUUUAGAUUAUAAACCUAAUAAAAAAAACAGACACCACAGUAAACGUAAAGACCCUGUUACCGGGCUUGAAGUGUCUGAAGAGUAUGACACCGUCGAAGACCAUGACGAUGAACCACUAACUGAAGAUAACGACAGAGAAAUACCAGCUGAAACACCCAAAAAUACGGAAGUUGAAGAGGAUUCUGAAACACCAGAAUUCGAUGAAAACGACAAUAAUACACAAAACGAAGCAGAUAGUCCAUCCAAAUCAAACAGACGCCGAAGAAAACGUAAAAACCCGGUUACCGGUCUAGAAGAUAACAACCCAGGAACACCGAGUGAAACCCCCGAUAAUACGGAGGUUGAAGAGGAUUCCGAAACACCAGAAUUCGAUGAAAACGAUAAUAAUGAGCAAAACGAAGCAGAUAAUCCAACCAAACCAAAAAGACAUCGCAGAAAACGUAAAGACCCUGUUACCGGGCUUGAAGUGUCUGAAGAGUAUGACACUGUCGAAGACCAUGAUGAUGAACCACUAACUGAAGAUAACAACAGAGAAAUACCAGCUGAAACACCCGAAAAUACGGAAGUUGAAGAGGAUUCUGAAACACCAGAAUUCGAUGAAAACGACAAUAAUACACAAAACGAAGCAGAUAGUCCAUCCAAAUCAAACAGACGCCGAAGAAAACGUAAAAACCCGGUUACCGGUCUAGAAGAUAACAACCCAGGAACACCGAGUGAAACCCCCGAUAAUACGGAGGUUGAAGAGGAUUCCGAAACACCAGAAUUCGAUGAAAACGAUAAUAAUGAGCAAAACGAAGCAGAUAAUCCAACCAAACCAAAAAGACAUCGCAGAAAACGUAAAGACCCUGUUACCGGGCUUGAAGUGUCUGAAGAAUAUGACACCGUCGAAGACCAUGAUGAUGAACCACUAACUGAAGAUAACAACAGAGAAAUACCAGCUGAAACACCCGAAAAUACGGAAGUUGAAGAGGAUUCUGAAACACCGGAAUUCGAUGAAAACGACAAUAAUACACAAAACGAAGCAGAUAGUCCAUCCAAAUCAAACAGACGCCGAAGAAAACGUAAAAACCCGGUUACCGGUCUAGAAGAUAACAACCCAGGAACACCGAGUGAAACCCCCGAUAAUACGGAGGUUGAAGAGGAUUCCGAAACACCAGAAUUCGAUGAAAACGAUAAUAAUGAGCAAAACGAAGCAGAUAAUCCAACCAAACCAAAAAGACAUCGCAGAAAACGUAAAGACCCUGUUACCGGGCUUGAAGUGUCUGAAGAGUAUGACACCGCCGAAGACCAUGAUGAUGAACCACUAACCGGUGAUAACAAUAGAGAAAUACCAGCUAAAACACCCGAAAAUACGGAAGUUGAAGAGGAUUCUGAAACACCAGAAUUCGAUGAAAACGACAAUAAUGCACAAAACGAAGCAGAUAGUCCAUCCAAAUCAAAUAGACGCCGCAGAAAACGUAAAGACCCAAUAACAGGUCUUGAAGAUAACAACCUAGAAACACCGGUUGAAACCCCCGAUAAUACGGAGGUUGAAGAGGAUUCCGAAACACCAGAAUUCGAUGAAAACAAUAAUAAUGAGCAAAACGAAGCAGAUAAUCCAACCAAACCAAAAAGACAUCGCAGAAAACGUAAAGACCCUGUUACCAGGCUUGAAGUGUCUGAAGAGUAUGACACCGCCGAAGACCAUGAUGAUGAACCACUAACCGGUGAUAACAAUAGAGAAAUACCAGCUAAAACACCCGAAAAUACGGAAGUUGAAGAGGAUUCUGAAACACCAGAAUUCGAUGAAAACGACAAUAAUGCACAAAACGAAGCAGAUAGUCCAUCCAAAUCAAAUAGACGCCGCAGAAAACGUAAAGACCCAAUAACAGGUCUUGAAGAUAACAACCUAGAAACACCGGUUGAAACCCCCGAUAAUACGGAGGUUGAAGAGGAUUCUGAAACACCAGAAUUCGAUGAAAACAAUAAUAAUGAGCAAAACGAAGCAGAUAAUCCAACCAAACCAAAAAGACAUCGCAGAAAACGUAAAGACCCUGUUACCGGGCUUGAAGUGUCUGAAGAGUAUGACACUGUCGAAGACCAUGAUGAUGAACCACUAACUGAAGAUAACAACAGAGAAAUACCAGCUGAAACACCCGAAAAUACGGAAGUUGAAGAGGAUUCUGAAACACCAGAAUUCGAUGAAAACGACAAUAAUGCACAAAACGAAGCAGAUAGUCCAUCCAAAUCAAAUAGACGCCGCAGAAAACGUAAAGACCCAAUAACAGGUCUUGAAGAUAACAACCUAGAAACACCGGUUGAAACCCCCGAUAAUACGGAGGUUGAAGAGGAUUCUGAAACACCAGAAUUCGAUGAAAACAAUAAUAAUGAGCAAAACGAAGCAGAUAAUCCAACCAAACCAAAAAGACAUCGCAGAAAACGUAAAGACCCUGUUACCGGGCUUGAAGUGUCUGAAGAGUAUGACACUGUCGAAGACCAUGAUGAUGAACCACUAACUGAAGAUAACAACAGAGAAAUACCAGCUGAAACACCCGAAAAUACGGAAGUUGAAGAGGAUUCUGAAACACCAGAAUUCGAUGAAAACGACAAUAAUGCACAAAACGAAGCAGAUAGUCCAUCCAAAUCAAAUAGACGCCGCAGAAAACGUAAAGACCCAAUAACAGGUCUUGAAGAUAACAACCCAGAAACACCGGUUGAAACUCCCGAUAAUACGGAGGUUGAAGAGGAUUCCGAAACACCAGAAUUCGAUGAAAACGAUAAUAAUGAGCAAAACGGAGCAGAUAAUCCAACCAUACCAAAAAGACAUCGCAGAAAACGUAAAGACCCUGUUACCGGGCUUGAAGUGUCUGAAGAGUAUGACACUGUCGAAGACCAUGAUGAUGAACCACUAACUGAAGAUAACAACAGAGAAAUACCAGCUGAAACACCCGAAAAUACGGAAGUUGAAGAGGAUUCUGAAACACCAGAAUUCGAUGAAAACGACAAUAAUGCACAAAACGAAGCAGAUAGUCCAUCCAAAUCAAAUAGACGCCGCAGAAAACGUAAAGACCCAAUAACAGGUCUUGAAGAUAACAACCCAGAAACACCGGUUGAAACUCCCGAUAAUACGGAGGUUGAAGAGGAUUCCGAAACACCAGAAUUCGAUGAAAACGAUAAUAAUGAGCAAAACGGAGCAGAUAAUCCAACCAUACCAAAAAGACAUCGCAGAAAACGUAAAGACCCUGUUACCGGGCUUGAAGUGUCUGAAGAGUAUGACACUGUCGAAGACCAUGAUGAUGAACCACUAACUGAAGAUAACAACAGAGAAAUACCAGCUGAAACACCCGAAAAUACGGAAGUUGAAGAGGAUUCUGAAACACCAGAAUUCGAUGAAAACGACAAUAAUGCACAAAACGAAGCAGAUAGUCCAUCCAAAUCAAAUAGACGCCGAAGAAAACGUAAAAACCCGGUUACCGGUCUAGAAGAUAACAACCCAGGAACACCGAGUGAAACCCCCGAUAAUACGGAGGUUGAAGAGGAUUCCGAAACACCAGAAUUCGAUGAAAACGAUAAUAAUGAGCAAAACGAAGCAGAUAAUCCAACCAAACCAAAAAGACAUCGCAGAAAACGUAAAGACCCUGUUACCGGGCUUGAAGUGUCUGAAGAGUAUGACACUGUCGAAGACCAUGAUGAUGAACCACUAACUGAAGAUAACAACAGAGAAAUACCAGCUGAAACACCCGAAAAUACGGAAGUUGAAGAGGAUUCUGAAACACCAGAAUUCGAUGAAAACGACAAUAAUGCACAAAACGAAGCAGAUAGUCCAUCCAAAUCAAACAGACGCCGAAGAAAACGUAAAAACCCGGUUACCGGUCUAGAAGAUAACAACCCAGGAACACCGAGUGAAACCCCCGAUAAUACGGAGGUUGAAGAGGAUUCCGAAACACCAGAAUUCGAUGAAAACGAUAAUAAUGAGCAAAACGAAGCAGAUAAUCCAACCAAACCAAAAAGACAUCGCAGAAAACGUAAAGACCCUGUUACCGGGCUUGAAGUGUCUGAAGAGUAUGACACUGUCGAAGACCAUGAUGAUGAUCCACUAACUGAAGAUAACAACAGAGAAAUACCAGCUGAAACACCCGAAAAUACGGAAGUUGAAGAGGAUUCUGAAACACCAGAAUUCGUUGAAAACGACAAUAAUGCACAAAACGAAGCAGAUAGUCCAUCCAAAUCAAAUAGACGCCGAAGAAAACGUAAAAACCCGGUUACCGGUCUAGAAGAUAACAACCCAGGAACACCGAGUGAAACCCCCGAUAAUACGGAGGUUGAAGAGGAUUCCGAAACACCAGAAUUCGAUGAAAACGAUAAUAAUGAGCAAAACGAAGCAGAUAAUCCAACCAAACCAAAAAGACAUCGCAGAAAACGUAAAGACCCUGUUACCGGGCUUGAAGUGUCUGAAGAGUAUGACACUGUCGAAGACCAUGAUGAUGAACCACUAACUGAAGAUAACAACAGAGAAAUACCAGCUGAAACACCCGAAAAUACGGAAGUUGAAGAGGAUUCUGAAACACCAGAAUUCGAUGAAAACGACAAUAAUGCACAAAACGAAGCAGAUAGUCCAUCUAAAUCAAAUAGACGCCGAAGAAAACGUAAAAACCCGGUUACCGGUCUAGAAGAUAACAACCCAGGAACACCGAGUGAAACCCCCGAUAAUACGGAGGUUGAAGAGGAUUCCGAAACACCAGAAUUCGAUGAAAACGACAAUAAUGAGCAAAACGAAGCAGAUAAUCCAACCAAACCAAAAAGACAUCGCAGAAAACGUAAAGACCCUGUUACCGGGCUUGAAGUGUCUGAAGAGUAUGACACUGUCGAAGACCAUGAUGAUGAACCACUAACUGAAGAUAACAACAGAGAAAUACCAGCUGAAACACCCGAAAAUACGGAAGUUGAAGAGGAUUCUGAAACACCAGAAUUCGAUGAAAACGACAAUAAUGCACAAAACGAAGCAGAUAGUCCAUCCAAAUCAAAUAGACGCCGAAGAAAACGUAAAAACCCGGUUACCGGUCUAGAAGAUAACAACCCAGGAACACCGAGUGAAACCCCCGAUAAUACGGAGGUUGAAGAGGAUUCCGAAACACCAGAAUUCGAUGAAAACGAUAAUAAUGAGCAAAACGAAGCAGAUAAUCCAACCAAACCAAAAAGACAUCGCAGAAAACGUAAAGACCCUGUUACCGGGCUUGAAGUGUCUGAAGAGUAUGACACUGUCGAAGACCAUGAUGAUGAACCACUAACUGAAGAUAACAACAGAGAAAUACCAGCUGAAACACCCGAAAAUACGGAAGUUGAAGAGGAUUCUGAAACACCAGAAUUCGUUGAAAACGACAAUAAUGCACAAAACGAAGCAGAUAGUCCAUCCAAAUCAAAUAGACGCCGAAGAAAACGUAAAAACCCGGUUACCGGUCUAGAAGAUAACAACCCAGGAACACCGAGUGAAACCCCCGAUAAUACGGAGGUUGAAGAGGAUUCCGAAACACCAGAAUUCGAUGAAAACGAUAAUAAUGAGCAAAACGAAGCAGAUAAUCCAACCAAACCAAAAAGACAUCGCAGAAAACGUAAAGACCCUGUUACCGGGCUUGAAGUGUCUGAAGAGUAUGACACUGUCGAAGACCAUGAUGAUGAACCACUAACUGAAGAUAACAACAGAGAAAUACCAGCUGAAACACCCGAAAAUACGGAAGUUGAAGAGGAUUCUGAAACACCAGAAUUCGAUGAAAACGACAAUAAUGCACAAAACGAAGCAGAUAGUCCAUCCAAAUCAAAUAGACGCCGAAGAAAACGUAAAAACCCGGUUUCCGGUCUAGAAAAUAACAACCCAGAAACACUGGUUGAAACCCCCGAUAAUACGGAGGUUGAAGAGGAUUUCGAAACUCCAGAAUUUAAUGAAGCUGCAUAUGAUACAGAUGAAUAUGGAAACCUUGAAAAACCAAGCCCAAGUAAAUUGAGGCGACGAAGGAAAUCGAGACAACCUCAAUUUGUUAAUGAAAAUAAUAAUGAACCUGCGUCAUUCGAUAAUGAUAAUACCAAUUAUUAUCCAGUCAAUAGCCAAGAUGUCAAGAAUGAUUCCGUUCCUUUCAACAAUAAUGAAGUUGGAUAUGAAACACCAGAUACUGGAUAUGAAGACACAAAUGAUAUAGAAAAUAAGAGGGAACAACCUGAAUUAGUUGAAUACCCUGAAAGUUCAUAUGUUCCAUCAGAGAAUUAUGCAUCUCCGAAUUACAUGGAUGGAUAUGGAAACGCUGCAGAACCAAGUCCUCGUAAAUUGAGACGACGAAGGAAAUCGAGGCAACCUCAAUUUGUCAAUGAUAAUAAUAAUGAACCUGCGUCAUUCGAUAAUGAUAAUACCAAUUAUUAUCCAGUCGAUAGCCAAGAUGUCAAUAAUGAUUCCGUUCCUUUCAACAAUAAUGAAGUUGGAUAUGAAACACCUGAUACUGGAUAUGAAGACACAAAUGAUAUAGAAAAUAAGAGGGAACAACCUGAAUUAGUUGAAUACCCUGAAAGUUCAUAUGUUCCAUCAGAGAAUUAUGCAUCUCCGAAUUACAUGGAUGGAUAUGGAAACGCUGCAGAACCAAGUCCUCGUAAAUUGAGACGACGAAGGAAAUCGAGGCAACCUCAAUUUGUCAAUGAUAAUAAUAAUGAACCUGCGUCAUUCGAUAAUGAUAAUACCAAUUAUUAUCCAGUCGAUAGCCAAGAUGUCAAUAAUGAUUCCGUUCCUUUCAACAAUAAUGAAGUUGGAUAUGAAACACCUGAUACUGGAUAUGAAGACACAAAUGAUAUAGAAAAUAAGAGGGAACAACCUGAAUUAGUUGAAUACCCUGAAAGUUCAUAUGUUCCAUCAGAGAAUUAUGCAUCUCCAAAUUACAUGGAUGAAAAUGGAAACGUUGCAGAACCAAGUCCUCGUAAAUUGAGACGACGAAGGAAAUCGAGGCAACCUCAAUUUGUCAAUGAAAAUAAUAAUAAACCUGCAUCCAUCUUAAACAAUAAUGCUAAUAACUAUCCAGUUGAUGAUCAAGAUCAUGAGUCUCUUCCUUACAAUUAUAAUGAUGUUGUUGAGGAUGUACCAGAUACUGGAUAUGGAGAAAGAAAUGAUAUAGAAAAUAAGAAAGAACAACCUGAAUUAGUUGAAUACCCUGACAGUUCAUAUGUUCCAUCAGAGAAUUAUGCAUCUCCAAAUUACAUGGAUGAAAAUGGAAACGUUGCAGAACCAAGUCCUCGUAAAUUGAGACGACGAAGGACAUCGAGACAACCUCAAUUUGUCAAUGAAAAUAAUAAUAAACCUGCGUCAUUCGAUAAUGAUAAUACCAAUUAUUAUCCAGUCGAUAAUCAAGAUGUCAAUAAUGAAUCCGUUCCAUUCAACAAUAAUGAUGUUGUUGAUGAUGUACCAGAUACUGGAUAUGGAGAAAGAAAUGAUAUAGAAAAUAAGAAAGAACAACCUGAAUUAGUUAAAUACCCUGACAAUUCAUAUGUUCCAUCAGAGAAUUACGCAUCUCCAAAUUACAUGGAUGAAAAUGGAAACGUUGCAAAACCAAGUCCUCGUAAAUUGAGACGACGAAGGAAAUCGAGACAACCUCAAUUUGUUAAUGAAAAUAAUAAUGAACCUGCAUCCUUCGUAAACAAUAAUGCCAAUAAUUAUCCAGUUGAAAAUCAAGAUAAUAAUGAGCCUAUUCCUAAAAAUGAAAGUGAUGUGCAAGAAGACGUUUCUAUCCCUUCCAAAACUGAAGUUGACUCUCCAGAUAGCAAUACUGAUUGUACAAGUAACUCAAAUAAACCUAGAAGAAAAAAACAUGGUAGGAGAAAGAUGAUUCCUGUGAAUGUAGAUACAGAAAGUAGUAGUACUCAAAAUGAUGAAAAAUCGACAGAAAACCCUGAGACACAACCAAAGGAUAUUCGAAGGAACCCUAAAAAAAAGAGACAUAUUAGACGUAUUAGAACAUACGUAAUUAACAAAGAAACAAAUGAAAGAAUACCUAUUAAUGAUGAAACAUAUUCUACUACGAAUGGGUUACCUGAUGCUUUACAUAAUAAAUUAGACUCAUUGGAAGCUGAAGAUGAUCUAGAUUCAAAUGCAGAUAAUGAUGAUUAUUCUUCAUUUUUGUUUAAAGAAUACAAUUCGGACCAAUGUAAACGUAAUGCAUACGACAGAUUUAAAAAAGUUGCAUCACAAGAUGCCAAGCAAAUUGCUUAUCGAAGCGUUUUAGAUACUAGUGAGAUGCGAAGUAAUAUGUUAGCAACAAUAAAAAAUGCAAUAGGUAAUGUAAAAGCCUCACAGACAUUUAAUGAUGUUGAUCAAAGUUUAAGGACAGUCAGCUACUCUCUGAAAGCCGGUUUGAAGCAAACUAUUAGUGACUUGGUUAUCAAAGUGGUUCCGUUAGCUAAAGAUUUCCUGAAAACAGCCGAAAACCUUAAGGAACUGUAUCAAAAAGGUCCACAGUCCACUCGCAAAAUGUUAACAAACAUCUUAGAGAAUGAGUCAAUCGUUCCAGAUUCAGCAAAAGAUAUAUUGACACUUAUUUCUCCUCAGUUUGACGUGGAUAAAUUAAUAAAUAAUAUCUUUGAAAAACCGUGUAAUGCAAAAUCAAUGAAAGAGAAAAAGAUCAAAGCUCAAAGAAAACUUAUCAAUCUAUCAAAGCACAUGGACACGGCAAUAAGCAACAUUGACUGUUUUGUGCUUUCCGCUAUGUCUACCGUAGGAAUCGGAGCAGAUACAUUAAAACUGUUGAAAUCCGGUAGAGUGAUUAUGAGUGAUAAACAUCCCAGGGCGAAAAUAUUGAAAGAAGCUGUGGGAAUAAUUAAAUCUGGUAAAAAUAUCCGAAAUAAUAUAGUAGACUUUACACCGACGUUGACAACUUCUGAUGGAAACACUGAAAGUGACGAAGAUGAUGAUGAUGAAGAUCCUGAACAAGUUGCUCAGAAAAACGAAGAAUUUUUAAAAACUGUACCUGACCUAGACGAUAAUAUACCCGAACCAAAGAAAGUCCCAAACAAGCGACAGUCAUUGGGUGUAAUUGUUGUACAUCCUAACAAACGGAUAGAGUACAAAGAAGUAAAUGAUACAUCGCAAUUGAAAAAAUUCGUUGGGGAUCAAACGAAUAAAUACAAAUUGCUAUCUAAAAAUAAACAUCCAAAAUUUUUAAAACUGAACAGUAAAAAAGUAAUCGACGCUAUGGUUGCGGAUGUGAAGAAAAAGGCUGAGAGAAAUGGAAUGACCAAAAAAGAAAUGGUAGAAGAAAUAAUUAGAACUUUGAACAGUAGUUAAACUUAUUUACGACUAUAAAUUUUAACGAAUGUUUUUUUGUAUUAUUAUUGAUAAAAAUGUUGUUAUCACACAUUAGAAAUUAUUAAAUUUGUAUUUAAUAUGUUGAAUAUUUUUAACUCUUACUUCAUAAUGAAAUCGUUAAAAAUAUACAAAUUCGUAUGAAAAAUAAUUCAAUUUAUUAUAUAAUUGAUAUUUCAUUGAAUAAAAAUGUUACGACUUUUUAA